GAUAUGGUUUUCAGGCUGUAAGUGUGUCAUUUUCAUUGAUGGCAGCUGUUCUUAUACACAUUUGGUGGACUGACGUACUGCUUCCAAGGGCGUUGGUUGCUUGAUGAUGUCUAUAAAUACUGCUUUCAUUUGCUCGAGUGCAUGCAUCCCAGAGUAACAACUCUGAUUUCAGGGUUUCUUCAACUGGUUAGCUGCUUCAAAGCCCGAAAAAUUGACAUCAGCAAGAUAUAGAGUUCAGGGUGCUGCUGAGUUGUUAUGGAGAGUAGCAAACAAAAUCAUUUGGCAGAGGAAGGUUCUUCCGAAGCACUCCCAUCAUUGAUCAAAGCUAUUACUGCAAAUGAGCUGGCUGGUUUUGAUAGUGUUGAAGAACAUCAAGAUUUGAACCGUCGACUCAAAUCAACUCUUGUUCAUCCUUUGAGCACCUCGAUUUUCGGAAUUGAAGCAGCUGCCAUGGAGAAUGAAAACGAUCUUUCUAAGCCACAAAGGACUCAUUCUGUUUCCAUUAGCAUGCCACCUUCUCCUGUUGCUGCCCAUCUACACAACACAAACAGAGUUCUCUUUAGAGAUGAAGAAACAGUUCUGGAAAAUGAUAAUCCCAAUUCUGCUGCUACUGUUAGUCUUCAGACACAACGGGCUAAAUUUUAUUCUCAGCCUAUGCCUAAAGGUUGUGCACUUAAUGAGGCCAUCACUAGUGGAACUUCUUCCAACCUUCCAGUAAGGAAUCCCAGGAUUGAUAAGCUGAAAGAUAAAAGAUUUGACUCUUUCAAGACAUGGUCAGGUAGACUCGAGAGGCAACUAUCAAAUCUGCGGGGUAAACAUCGUGAAGAAUCUGAGCAAGAGCCUCAGCCUCAACAUCGUGCAGAAGUUGAAAAUUUACCCGUGGAUAGAUACUUUGACGCCUUGGAGGGACCUGAACUGGAUACGUUACGCGCUUCAGAAGAAAUACUUCUUCCAGAAGACAAGAAAUGGCCGUUCCUUCUGCGUUUUCCCAUCUCCUCCUUCGGUAUCUGUCUUGGCGUUAGCAGCCAAGCCAUUAUGUGGAAAGCUCUGGCAUCCUCUGCAUCGACAAAGUUCCUCCACGUGAGCCCGGAUAUCAAUCUUGUGCUCUGGAUAAUAUCCAUUGCUCUCGUCUUGAUUGUGGCUAUCAUUUAUGCUCUCAAAGUAAUUUUCUACUUUGAAGCUGUUCGUCGUGAGUAUUACCACCCGAUACGUGUUAACUUCUUCUUUGCUCCCUGGAUCGCCUUUCUGUUCUUGGCUCUCGGAGUUCCACCAUCCGUUUCUCAAACUCUGCAUGCAUCUCUGUGGUACAUUCUUAUGACCCCAAUAUUUUGCCUCGAGCUUAAGAUCUAUGGGCAAUGGAUGUCGGGAGGACAACGGAGGCUUUCCAAGGUAGCAAAUCCCUCAAACCACCUCUCGGUAGUUGGAAAUUUUGUUGGUGCGCUGCUUGGAGCGACAAUGGGGCUAAAAGAAGGACCUAUUUUCUUCUUUGCUGUUGGAUUGGCUCAUUACACAGUCUUAUUUGUAACUCUUUACCAACGACUGCCAACAAACGAGACGCUCCCAAAAGAGCUCCACCCGGUUUUCUUUCUGUUUGUUGCUGCACCUAGUGUUGCCUCGAUGGCUUGGGCGAGGAUUCAAGGGUCAUUUGAUUAUGGAUCACGGAUUGCUUACUUCAUCGCCUUGUUCCUUUAUUUCUCCCUGGCUGUUCGUGUUAAUUUCUUCCGAGGCUUCAGGUUCUCAUUGGCUUGGUGGGCUUAUACCUUCCCAAUGACGGGUGCUGCCAUUGCCACGAUCAGGUACUCGGACGUGGCAACAAGCAUAGUGAGCAGAACUCUAACUAUUGUCCUCUGCAUUGUGGCUACACUUAUAGUGUCAGCACUACUUGUGACGACCAUCAUCCACGCCUUUGUUCUCGGGGACCUAUUCCCAAACGACAUUGCCAUUGCAAUCAGCAAGAGGAGGCCAAAAACAACACGAAGAUGGUACCACAGGAGGUCUGGCAGCUCAGACACCAAGGUUGAAGAGUACCUUAAGUACUCAAAUUCAGAUAGCAAAGACAUCGAGGGUUCUACUAAUAGUUCUAAUAAGCAAGAGAUGUCUGGUUCUCUUCACAAAAAUGUCGAACGCCAUCACUCUCAUGACGUUCUAGAACCGUGUAAAUUUGAUGUGUUUUUGUGAAGUUUUUACCACUCUGAUCAAGGGAGGAGCUCUGUGUAGUUUCGAGAGUUCCUGGGAACUUGAUUUCUAAGGUGAAAAAUGAGGUAAAAGGUUGUGGAUAUGUUUGAGGGUGUAAAUUUUUGGAAAAUGAGUGUGUAUAUUAUUAAGAUUUCACGGUGGAUA